AUGAUAACAGUCAGUGUUGGAGAUGUUUUGGUUUCUGGAGUACAUGCUCAUGUUAAGGUGGUUCAAAGAAGGUUUCAAUGGUCUGAAAUGCAGUUAAUAAGUGAUCUUAAUAAGCCAUGGAUUAUCCUUAGUGAUUUUAAUGCAGUAAUUUCACAUGAUGAGAAAGUUGGUGGUAGACUUCCUAAUAGAACUGCAAUGGUGGAUUUCAAUGAGUGUAUAACUCAGUGUAACCUUCUUCAUGCUCCAAAAAAUGGUCUUCAGUUUUCUUGGUCUAAUUGUCAGCAAGGAAAUAGAAGGAUUCUAUGUAACUUAGACAUGGUCUUAUUUAAUCAGAAAUGGUUGCAAUUGUAUGGAGAUUGGGGAUACAAGUUAAAGGAGCUUAAAAAGGUGUUAAAUGAUUGGAAUUGGAAAGUUUUUGGAAAUGUUCAAGUAAAGAUAAAAGAAGCUGAAGAAAAAGUUAAAAUUGCAAUUGAAAUAUCUGACAACAAUCCAUUUGAUGAAGAUGCUUACAAAGAUUUGGUUAGAGCUCAAAAUGAACAUGCUAGUAGAGAGGUACAAGAAAACAAUCUAUUAAGACAAAAAGUUAGAGUUAAGUGGAUUAAAGAAGGAUCAGCAAAUACUAGUUUCUUUCACACAAAUAUGAAGAUUAGAGCUGCAAGAAAUGCAAUUCAUGAAAUUGAGGAUAAUGAUGGUAAUGUACUUGCAAGUUAG